UAGCCUCGACGCAACGCCCCCCCCCCAACCCGCAUUUGGCACCCUGCGUCUUCGUCCUCUAGUGGAGUCAUUCCUUGGGAACUAACAACUUCACCGUCUACGCUUUGUACUGCAUCGGCAUCGUGCUGCACGCCAGGCCGGCUGACGUCUCCCGGUUUCAUGGGGCUGUCUGUGAUGAGGCCAUUGGGGUUCUUUUAUAUCGUGGAGUGGAUGGACAUCUUCACCUUUUACGGGGAGUUUUCUCCCUGAAUGGACCAGUUGUCCAACCACCGAAACUCGAACUUUUGCCUGCUUCCAACCCAUCAUGACGGAACAACCGCAACCGCAACCCGAAGAGACACAGGCACCCAGCAGCAUCGCCAGCAGAAAACGCGUGCGAGCUUCGGUCGCCUGUAAUCACUGCCGUGCGAAGAGGUCCAAAUGUGAUGGUCUGCCUGGCCAACGGUCCUGCACACAAUGCAAGCAGAGAGCGAUUGAGUGCGAGAUGCCAAGCAAGAAACGCAACCGGGGUCAUUACAAACCCCAAGCAGAGGCUCUAAUGAGAAGAGUUCAAAUGCUUGAAGUCGCUCUAGCCGAGGGCCAAGCCACAGCAUCAUCGUUUUCGGCUUUGCAAGUGCCCGUUAGUCUUAUGGACCGCACUUCCACCCAGUGGCUGCAUCCGAUGCCUGAUUCGAAUCCGUCCGUACUCUCGGAAGUCGUCGACGAUUUCUCCUCCGCCGCUCUGUCCUGCCCUAGCGGCACCAGUCUGAGUCUGACUUUCGAGUCGCUCAACAGUGCAGAGGCCAGCGGCCCAAAGCCGACGGCCGCCCAACCUUCCCAACCUUCGGGUCACUCGUCUGGUACAAACGACAACUCGUCGUUCAAAUGGGCAGCGUCGAAUCCUCCGCCUCAUCAUUCUCCUCAUUCGAAUCCUCCUCCUCCUUCUUCGCUCAUGCUCCGUCCGACAUCUUCAGGGCAGGAAUUGGACCCCCUCAACGUUCCUCCGCCAGUUGUCGACUACCUGCUUGGCCUCUUUUUCCACAAGUUCCAGCUCAUGUUGAAAUUCAUAUCGCAAAGAGAAUUCAUGGCCGGAAUGGACCCCACGACCGGCGAAACCCCUCCGCCCCGCUCUCUUCUGCUCGCUGUUCUGGCUGGUGCCCUUCGGUACGCGACUCGGUCAGAGGUCAUCACAGCAUAUAUUCGGCCUGAUGGCGAGAAUGUACUAGCCACGGCCGCCAAGAAGGCGUUCGAAUCCGAGGUGUACUCCCGAGACAUCUCUACCGUUCAGACUCUCCUCAUCCUUGCAGAGGUCGAAAUCGACUCGGGCAAUGAGAUGUCUGGCUUCAUCUAUUCGUCCAUGGCCUCCAAGCUUCUCUUCGAGCUCUCGCUCGACCUUGCAUCGUGCUCGACUACCGAAUUGACCGACGAGCAAAUCGAGGUUCGCCACUGGCUGACGUGGAUUGCAUCCGUGCAAGAUCAAUACUGGGCCAUAUUACUACAACGACCCUUGACCAUCAAGACACAUGUUCUGGGCAUGUCUCGGUUGGCUGCCGCCUUUGCUCGCUCCGCCGCCGUAAUCUCUGCUGAGCCGUCGUUUGAGGCCCAGGUGCACGAGUCGCUCCUUGACCUGAUGGAACUGGCGCGCGAAGUCACCGACGCCCUUUACGAAUCCGGACCCCCUCGGCCGACGUCGAAUAUGUAUGCGACCAUCGACCAGCUGGACCACCGAAUCAAAAACUGGUUCUCCCGACUCCCCGAGAGGAUCGCGAGGGGUCCGUUCAGCAGUGGUGGAGGCGACAAAUAUUACUUCCUUCUCGUGCUUCAUCUCCACCUCAGCGUCACCCAGAUCGUCCUGCACCGACAUCGCGCAUUCCCUCCGAACAUGUAUGACUCGCCCGACUCGUAUCCUGCGUCGGAUUUCGCCGACGAAGAGGCAUCGGGCAGAUCUAGGUCUCGGGAGACGGUAGCCUCUGCUGCCGUCCAAAUAGCAAAGAUCUUCGAGAUGCUUCGUCACCGAGAGGACAUCCGGCAGCUGCAGUCAACCGGCCUGCAGUGGGCUACGCUGGCCGCCCAGGCCCUGACGAAUCACCUCCAGACGCUACCCGCCAACGAGCUCGUCGAAGGCCCUACAGAUCCACCAGCGAGAGCAUAGAGCUCAUGCUACAGAGAUUGGAGACCGGGGAUACGGCCAAGGACGAGAGUGACCCGGGUCCGGCGCUGCCGUGGGCGGACUUUAAUUUCAUGCAAGAUCAGACUGGGGAGAGUCUCCACGACGCCUCGGAAGUCCCGGGUUGUUUUGCGAGUUUUCAGGACGAGUUGGGGGCAGCCAUAACGCAGAACCCGUUGACGCAAGCA